CACAUGUCCCACGGCUCUGCCGGACUAGAGCUGCGACCCCCUUCUGACUCAGGUACCAUUUCCCCGAAUUCGUGGCUAGUUGCUUUUGGUACCGUUGGGUUUAGUUCGAUCUGCUGAGUGCUGAUGGGCCUACACCGUAUCCAGUGGCUGGAUAUACUCAAUAUAGCCAUCCUCUCAGGCACCCAGCGUCCCACGCCCCUCCAGGCUCCCACGCCCGAGAGGCCAGAGCCUGAUGUCUCUCCUAAAAUUACUACUAGGCUGUUAGCGCCCUGGCAGGCGACCCCCCCUCAUCCUUCGUAUCUGCGGUCUCCAUCUCUGAGUGGCCCACGCCCCGAGUGCCUCUCGAACAUAUCCGCGAUGGAGGAGCGAUCCAAGCGGACUAGCAACGGACUAAAUGCCCGGGCAAGCCAGUCAGCUGGCUAAUGCUGGCUUAAGUAGGUCGCUAGCAAGAGUCCUGAACGCUG